UAGGUACCUCAUAGUAAACAGUACUGGCUUGCUUGAUUUUAUCACUGAGGAUCUCGGACAUAUUCAUGUCUUUCUUUUCCGAAGAAGUCUGGAAGUGUUUACCUAUACUAUAGUAUACUAUAGAUACUAUAGUUAUAACACUGAUACGCAGUUAAUCUGGACGGGUACAACUCAAUUACACCCAAUUUACACCAAAUUUACACGCCACCAUCUGACGACUUCAAGUACCUAUCACGGAUUUGACUGAGCCGACUUACAGACAUCUAUUCACCCCAUUUACCCUCCCUCCCCCUGUUUGCGAUUUCUUGGUAUUUCAAAUACCCGUAUACAUUGCAGUCGUUACUCAUAUUCCCCCGAUCCAUCCUCCGGCUCAUCCUCCUGCCUAUUCAGAGGGAUUUGCAUGGGGGUGGUAUUAUGUCCGAGAAGAAAGGAAGUGAGGAAGAGAGACAGUUGUGGAAGAAAUAUACCACGCAUGUCAGGAUGGCUUCCACUCUAACCCUCCCUAAGCUACCUAUCUUCGAAGCCAUCGCCAGCCAUAACCCGCAGUCGACAGCUGUAGUUCACUGCUUAUCUCGACGGACGUUCAAAUAUGGUGAAAUACUUCCAGAUGUGAGUCGCGUGCGCGACCGGAUACUCGAUGCUGCUGGCAAGUCGGACAUCCGGGGCGAGCGGGUUGCUUUUCUCAUAGAAAACAGCUACGAUUAUGUUGUCACAUACCUUGCUAUCCUAGCUGCGCGGGCCAUUGCUUUACCACUAUCCCCACCAUUUCCGGCUCCCGAGCUUCAAUAUAUCCUAUCUCAGUCGCAGGCAGUCCUGUUGCUACACUCCCCGAAAUAUGCCGCAAAGGUCGACGAAGUUCUCACCACGCCAAGCAAGGAACUCGAUGUCGCACCGUCACCGAUUCCUGUCGAGCUGCCAAAGCACUUCGGCGCAAUCUCAGAAACGUUUGAGUCGGUCGAACUUACGGGCGAUGGCGAUACGGAGGGUGCUGGAAUGAUGCUCUACACGUCUGGUACAACUAAUCGACCGAAGGGAGUGCUGCUACCAGAGACCGCGCUUACAGCUCAGGCUCGUGCCCUGAUUGAGGCCUGGAAAUACUCGCCGUCGGAUCGACUGCUCCACGUGCUUCCUCUCCACCACAUCCACGGCACCGUCAAUGCCUUACUCACACCACUCUUCGCCGGCAGCAGUAUUGAGUUCCUGUUCCCUUUCAACGCCGACACAGUUUGGAGGCGCUUUGCAACGCCAUUUGUAGAUUCGCCACAAGUUGCUGCGGCUAUCGCAAAGCCGAACGGUGUGACUCAACCGGUAAAGGAAGUCGUGAAGGAAGUUGUGAAGGAAAAUGUUAUCACGAAUAGCGCCCCCCAGCUUGUCAAGGCACACAGCUUUACUAAACCUAGCAGCCUUCCAAAUGGCAUUCUUCAACCCGUCAAGACGAACGGCUUCCAUCCAACAGUUGGUGAGGCGAAUGGAAGCAUCACGCCCAUUACGGAAACAAAUGGCACUAGCACUCCAGCCCUAGAAUUGAACGGAUUUGGCCAUCCCAUCUCUUCGGAAAUCAGCCGCUUAGCGGCAGUCAUUAACCAUCUCGCUGCUGAGGUUAGCAACCUUGCCGCGAAGAUCAGCCAGCCUAACCAACCAGCCGCAUUGACGAACGGCCUGAACCACGUCAUCGCGCAACAAACCAAUGGCGUUGCUCCCUCGCCAGCCCUAUCUGCUAAUGGCCUUGACACACCCGUCACGUCAAUCAGCGGCCGUAAUACACCCGUUGUAGAAGCCGCCAGCAUUGUCAAGCAACCUGAGCCGCAGAAACCUGUCGCCCCUGCAGCCCCCGCUGCUGCCACUGAGCCGGUUAGCGAAGAGAAGUACAAGAAUAUGUCUCGUGUCAAGGUCACUUUCUUCACCGUUGUGCCUACGGUUUACACUCGUCUGCUCUCAACACACAAGACCUUACCUCCCGCCGUCGCCGAAGCCGGGCGUAUCGCCAUCAGCCCAGAGCAUAUGCGCGUAUCGAUUUCUGGUUCGGCAGCCCUCCCAACACCCGUCAAGAGUGCCUGGAAAGACCUAAGUCGCGGAAACGUGCUACUCGAACGAUACGGUAUGACAGAGGUGGGCAUGGCGUUAUCCUGUGGCCUUGAUUACGGCGACCGCGUUGAUGGCAGUGUUGGGUGGCCUCUCCCCGGUGUGGAAGCUCGUCUUGUGGAUAAUGAAACAGGCACCAUCAUCGAGGACCUCGACCCCUCCGAGCCUAUCCCUGAAAAGGAGCGCUCUGGCGAGAUUCAGCUCCGCGGCGCCAACGUGUUCCGGGAGUACUGGGCCAACCCGACCGCCACAGCCAAGGAAUUCGUUCCUUCUGACGACGGUAAGGGCCCGUGGUUCAAGACCGGUGAUGUAGCAGUUCGACGACCCGUUCCUGAGGCCGGCCACGGCACAAGUGGCGAAUGGGCCCGAGGACCCAUGUACUUCAUCCUCGGCCGACAGAGCGCCGACAUCAUCAAAUCCGGAGGCGAGAAAGUAUCCGCACUCGAAGUCGAGCGUGAACUCCUUUCACUACCCGAGAUUGCCGAGGCAGCGGUGGUUGCCGUGCCCUCGGGAAAGUGGGGACAGAAAGUCGGCGCCGUCAUCAUCCACUCCCCCGAAUAUCUGCGCGAACGGCCCGCCUGGCGGCCCCUCGACAUGCGACGCGCGCUGAAGGGACGGCUGGCGAAUUACAAGAUCCCGCAGGUCCUCAGGGUCGUCGAGCACAUCCCCCGAAACGCCAUGGGCAAGAUUAAUAAGAAGGACUUGCUCCGGAAGGUGUUCUUGGAUGAUUUCAGUGGGGAUGAGAUGUAAGGACGUAAGAAACAUCGCUGUAAAAUGGACGAUAGGAUGGAUACAGGUACCUAAGGAGGUAGGUAGUUAGGGUUGACAUCAAGUUUUGGUUUAAUAGCGUGGUACACGUUGGUUAUCCAGUAUCAGUACAUACCUAAUCCGAAAAGAUCGGAUCCGGAGAAAAGUGCCUAGGGAACAGGGUGGGUUCGUAGGUACCUAAUCAUCUCGAUUGUCAAAAGGGACGCGUCAUAUGAAUUCAACCCGAUCCAAUUCAACAUGCGCGGAAGAGAUAAGCCAGCCAGCUAGGCAGCGAACGAUGAACGAGAAAUCGGAAUUGGACGAAGAGAAAUACGAAAUGGGCUGCGGCAUUGCUGCAUGUGUGAUUGAUUGGAUGGAUGGGUGUUGGGUUUGUCGAGUUGUGCGGGAAUUUCAUGUUUAUAUCUUGUGUCCUCUCCGACGACCUUUUUGUAUAUAGGGAACUCCUUCCUUUUUUCCCCCUAACUUGGUCGUUUUCGAGACGACUUGUCUCUAUUAUUAGUAGAGGUAGAAUCAACACGGCUCGCAGGCCACUUUUGGACAGACAAUGUCAGCUUUUUAACAUCA